ACGUGUGUGUUCACACAGGCUACAGGAGCUAGGAACUAUUCCAAAGCAUGCAUGAGUGCGUGCUUAUGACUCUGGCUUUCCCAAGCAAAAGCAAACACUCUUGUGAAGAAACUUCAAGGCUGCAGGGGUUAAAUGAAAUACAACUCUCCUUUUCCUGUGCAGUAAGGAUUAGUAACCAAACAGAAGCUGGAGAGAAGAGCGUUUGAGAGACACUGUUUGAGCCAGAACUAUAGGAAAGUGGGCUUUGGAGCUUGGCUGCAGAGUGGUGUCAGUGUCUCCAGCUUUUGCACUCACCUUGCACAGGUACACACAGAAGGCAGAGAUGAAGAACGUGUUCCUUCUGCUCCUGCUAGCAGUGAUGCCACCUUCUGCAUUUUCGGGCCACCGCAUGAAACGGCAGAUUGAUGUCUGGGGGAGCUGGGGUGAAUGGGGCAAGUGCAGUCGGAGCUGUGGUGGUGGAGUCAGCUUUCGGCAGCGGCGCUGCUAUUCCCAAAGGACAGAAGGUACUUCUAGUUGCGUUGGACCAACUCGAAGCUAUCGGUCAUGCAACGUUCAGAGCUGCCCAGAAGGCUCUCGGGAUUUCCGGGCAGAGCAAUGUGCAGAGUUCGAUGGGACAGAAUUCCAAGGAAAGAAAUACAAGUGGCUUCCAUAUUAUGGAGCGCCUAAUAAGUGUGAGUUAAACUGUAUUCCAAAGGGAGAAAACUUCUACUACAGGCACAAGGAAGCAGUGGUAGAUGGGACUACCUGUGAACCUGGCAAGCGAGACAUCUGUGUAGAGGGAGUUUGUCGGGCCGUUGGCUGUGAUAACAUGUUGGAAUCUGCCAAGAAGGAGGACAAGUGCUUGCAGUGUGGAGGAGACGGCAGCACCUGCUACAGUGUGAAGGGCACUUUUGAUGUGCCCAGCCUCCCCAAAGGUUACAAUCAAAUCUUCAUCAUCCCUGUGGGAGCCACAAGUGUCCAAAUUAAGGAGGUUAUGCCCAGCAGGAACUUCCUGGCUGUCAAGAACGUGCGAGGCGAGUACUAUCUGAAUGGGCAUUGGGCAAUUGACUUCAGCCGAGCGCUGCACAUAGCCAGCACGGUUGUGCACUAUGAACGUGGCUCGGAGGGUGAUCUGGCCCCAGAGCUGCUCCAUGCCCGGGGCCCCACCACAGAACCCCUCAUCAUUGAGCUCAUCAGCCAGGAGCCAAACCCAGGGGUACAGUAUGAGUACUACCUGCCCGUUCAAGGACAGGCCUCGGGUUACAGCUGGAGCUAUGGUUCCUGGAGUGAGUGCAGCUCCGAGUGUGGAGGAGGUUUCCAGUCACGCUUGGUGUUUUGUACCAUAGACAAUGAAAUCUAUCCAGACUCUAUGUGCAGGAAUAAACCACAACCAGACAAUAACCGGACAUGUGGCCUUCAGACGUGUCCCCAGACAAAAAGGUGGAAAACAGGGGAGUGGGGACCCUGCUCAGCUACCUGUGGUGGGGGCACCCAGACUCGCUCUGUUUACUGCGUGGUGUUUGACGGUCAGAGCUCCCAAGGGGUGGUGGAUGACGCUGAGUGCAUGGCCUUUGCCCAGCAGCCACGCAGCAGCCAGCCCUGCAACAUGCGACAGUGUGCGACCUGGAGCACGGGGCCAUGGUCGGAGUGCUCAGCCAGCUGUGGGGAAGGGGUUCAGACCCGGACGGUGACCUGCAGAACUCAGCAGGGCUCUCAGGCUCAGGACUUCGCCUGCCUCAUGGAGCCAAAGCCAUCGGCCACCCAGCCCUGCCUUAAGGAGAACUGCAUCCAGGAAAUUGGCUGGCACGUUGGAGACUGGGGCCUGUGUUCGAAGAGCUGCAAUUCAGGCAUCCGGACACGCCAAGUCAUCUGUGCUGACGGCGACUCCAAAUUCUACAGUCCUGAGACGUGCAAAGCCAUCCAGCCACAGAAACCAGCCACCCUGGGCAGCUGCAACAUGCAGCCCUGCUACCUGCCACAGCAGGUCCCCAGUAUGCAGGACACUAUGGGAUAUGAUGUCGCUCGCCAGUCCUUGCUGACACGUUACAACCCAAAGAACCCUGCCACAGAUUCUAGUGAUGAAAGGAUGCUCCCUGGGAGCUCCACAAUCCAUAGUACUUCUGGGAAUCACCACACUCCACCCAGCCAGGACCAUGGCAUCAACUUGUUGCCUGUUCGCUGGGAGUCUUUGUCACGCUCAUUGGGUUCCCAUCAGCUCAGCUCCUCUCAGGACCGCGCUGCUGGGACCGGCUCCCAGGACUGUCACCAGAGCCCACACGGCUGCUGCCCAGAUGGACACACUCCGGCUUCAGGCCCUCUGGGGAGAGGUUGCCCCUUCAACAUUUGUCACCGAAACAGGUACGGAUGCUGUCCUGAUGGAGUAUCAGCUGCCCGGGGUCCAAACAACAUGGGAUGCCCACAAUAUUACCGUGAUGUUCAAGUAAGCAGAAAUCAGCCCACUGCAGCUGCUCCAAUAGCAAGCCAAGCCUUGUCCCAGCAGCCCCCCUCGGGCGAGUGCCGCAGUUCCCUGUACGGAUGCUGUUUUGACAAUAUCGCUUCAGCUUCAGGCCCUCAAGGGGAAGGAUGUCUAAAUAGGCCCAAAUACCCGUAUCCUGCCAUGUGCCUGCUGCCUAGCGCCCACGGCCCCUGCACAAACUGGACCACGCGCUGGUAUUUUGUGGCUGUUGUUGGCAGGUGCAACCGGUUUUGGUACGGUGGCUGUCAUGGCAAUAAAAACAGCUUUUCCUCGGAGGAGGAGUGCAUGAGAGCGUGCCACAACUCUGCGGCGGUCAGUCCUCUGGAGCACCAGCCCUCUUCUGGCACUGGAGCCCUGCAACACCAGCACACUGGCUCUCAUUCUCAUACCAGGGAUGCUCGGGGUCCGCAGCAGCCACCCCUGACAGAGUCUGCAAGUCACAGCCAAGAAGGAAGAGCCUAUGUGGCUUCACACCCCACACAAGACAACCACAGACAGGAGGGCUGGAGAAGUGAGGUGCCGCCAGAGUCUUUGCCAAGGACUGGUGUGCUGGAGAGCCAGCACUGGGGCACCCAGCAGAGCAGAUGGGACAGCCUGAACCAGCGGCACUGGUGGGAAAGAGCAGUGCCGGGGCCCUCCCAGAGGCAGAGCAACAGUGCCCAGCAGGUGCCAGCACACGAGGGCAAGCAGUGGCACAAGGGUUUUGGAGCAGAUGUUCCCAUGACAGAGGGAUUUGGGCACCAGGUGUCUGCAGACUCAUUCACAGCACGGACUCUGCACAGAACCAUCCUAGAGGAAGCCAAGCCCUUUCUUGUGACAGCAGUCGUGGGACAAAACGUCCAGCUGGUCUGCAAGACAGGCAUGUCCCCCUUCUCCGGAGUGGAGUGGAUGAAGGACAGCCAACCAGUCUCCUCUGACAGGCACACCUACCGCUCCGACAGCUCCUUAGUGAUCAGCCAUGUCAAACCGGAGGAUGCCGGGACUUACACAUGUAUCAUUUCUGAUGGGAGGACAGAGAGACGACAGAUUCAGUUACAGAUCAUAGAGUACCAGAAUGCUGUUCUGGCAGAGGGCGAGAGAGGUCAGGUCCUUCACAAGGAAAAUCAGCAGCAUCGUGAGCUCUCCAGAGGCGGGAAGGCUGCACAGGCAGCCGGUUCCUCUAUGCAUCAGCAAUUCACAUACAGAUUGAGGAUGGAUAAGAGCGAGCCCUCAGUAGUGGAGGCCAACAUUGGGGAGAGAGUCAGACUGCCCUGCGCUGUGGAAGCAUCGCCGGCUCUCACCAUUGAGUGGCAGAAGGAUGGGCAGCCCCUCUCCUCUCCCAGACACAGGCAGCAGCCAGAUGGGGCCCUGGUGAUCAGCCGAGUCAGCUCUGAAGAUGUCGGCUUUUUUACCUGCGUUGCCUCCAAUGGACGUGACCGGGACCAGCGCCAGGUCCUGUUCCGACCUCUAGGAGAGCUGAGGAUCACUGGUCUUCUUCCGAGCAUCACAGUACCUGAGGGAGGGACUGCUCAGCUUCAUUGUACAGUGACUGGCAACAAUGUGAAUAUAAGGUGGUCAAGGAAUGGAGUCCCUAUGCGGGCAGAUGGUCACCACAUCCACUUGUCCCAGGAUGGAAGCCUGAUCAUAAGCAACGUUCAAGAGGCUGAUGAGGGAUCCUAUACAUGCAGUGCCUACAGCAGCAGCAACUCCGUCAGUGCCAGCACGGAGGUGAAAGUGCUGAGGAGCAGGCCUAGCACUGCUGUGAACCACGUUGUGGACCUGAGCAGAGAGUGCGUGGACCAGCCACAUCUUGCCAACUGCGAACUGAUCCUGCAGGCCCAGCUCUGUGGGAACCAGUACUACUCCAGCUUCUGCUGCGCCAGCUGCUCUCGCUACCAGCCGCAGGACAGGCCCCAUCAUCACCGUGGGUGACUGACACCUCCAUGGCCACAGGCGAUGGAUUAUAAGACUGGAAGUCUGAACUUUGUCCUUUUCCUUCAUGAAACUGUUCUGAGAGCUCUGCCCUGCCUGAGAGCUCAAGAGGGUGUAUUGAAUGAUGUAGUGAUUGUAAUUGUUCCCAGGAAGGAGACCCACCACCCUCAAGUUUAUUGCAGACUUCUUUCUCCACCCCCUGCAUGCCUUGCUGUGGCAAAUCCAUCUCUUCACUUAAGGGUAGCUGCUGUCAUUCACAGAACAAGAUGACACUGGGAACGUAAGGACACUGUGACUUUAGAGGCGGCGGAUAACCGAAGAGAGAGACACCAGUUCUUCAUACAAGCAUGCAAGAGAAGUGCUCUUAAAAAAAAACUAAUCUCUGAAGUGUUUGAAGAUGGUCCUGAACUGGCUUAACCAAAGCACUAAUGAGUGAUGAACAUUUGUAAUCUUGGAGGGCACUUUCCAUCUCAGUGCAAAGGGCUCUGGCCAUGAGAAACAGCUUGAUGCGUAUAAAAUUAGUGUUCAGGUCCUAUGAGAUUACGAGCUUUAGCGGCACAGCUGUAAUGUCAUGUUACCACAGCUGUUUUAUUCCAGUAGACCUGAGGAAAAUUUCUAGUUGGGUCCAUUUGGUUUCUACCUGACUGUAAUCAGCUUUGGAGUGAAACUGUAGAAACAAUGCCUCACAGAAAGCAUAACACAAAAUAGAAGAAUACUUUUAGCCCUUCCUGAACGUUAGGGGCAAUUUAGAUGAAUAUGCCAACACUAUUAUUCUGAGAUGCUGCAGUUAAAAUAUCACUCUAGGAAUGCUCAGAAGGUUUUCGGUUGGUUUGGUGGGGUUUUGUUUGUUUGUUUGUUUUGUUUGUUUUUUUGUUUUGUUUUGUUUUGUUUUUUUCUGAGACAGAACGGUGCUGUUGAAUUUAUUGCAAAGUUGGGCUUGGUGGUAGCAUUGCCUUGAGGUUGAACUGGGGGAGGCGAAUAAUACACACACAGAAAUGCAUGUAGGGGCAUUUGUCUUGCCAGGAUAAACCUUCCCAGGAUCUGCUCUGGUCUCGGAGAGCCUGCCCCUGUGUGUGGCCUGGGCUGAUUCCUGCUGCUGUGGGCUAACCAGCGAGGACUUCAGAUGCACAACAGCUGUAGCUGAAAAGCAUCCUUUGUUUCAAGAUGAACACUGAGGGGUAACAAGCACUUGAGGCUGUGAACGUGUCGGGCAUUAAGGUGGGUUGUGUGUGGGGAGGUGAGAUUAUGGGAGGAUUUGUUAAAGCAGAAAAGGCUCCUGGGUGUCUCCAAUAGCUCAAAAUGGAAUUAUAACUUCUGAAAAAAGCAUUAUUUACAGUCUCCACAGUGUUGUUGUACGCUAGCAUCAGCCUAACAGGCCCCCUCUUUCUCACUUCAAAACUCCCUGCUGAGGCUUGGAUGAGUUAAUUAUAUUAAUUAGCACCAUUACCCAUUUAUUAUUUGUAUAGAUGUAGCUAUAAACAAGUAGCCCGGUGUGUAGUGUUGAUGUUGAUGAUUUGUUUGGGGUGGUGGAGCUUUUUUUGUUGCUGUUCUUUUUUUUUUUGUCUUCUUCUUUAAGAGUUCUGAGGAAGGCAGCUAAUUCAGGACUGUUCUCACACCACUCUCCUCUCCUUCAGUCCGGACUCAGUACUCAGGCAGCCGUAAUACGUAGGUGUAAAUCCCCAGGCUUGACAGCCAAAAGCUGGUUUGGACUCUAAAUCCAGUAAAUCAGUUCAGCUGCACCUAAAAAUAAGAAUUACUAACCUAAUGAUUGCACCCUUUUCAGCAGAGGUGUGUCGUCAGGCUUGGACACGCUGCUUUAAGAUGCGAACAAAAGGAAAAGUUUAGAAGCAAUCCAGUAAAGGCGUGAGAGGUGGCAGUCACACAGCUAUUUGGGUCUGUGGUCUGAGAGACUCUGCUUGCUAGAAAAAGAAAAAAUACGUGUUUUGCAGUUAAGACCCUUUAAUUUGAUUAGUGAAAACUUCCUCUGCUAAUGCAUUACAGCGUAAGGUUUGAAGUUGUCUUCACUGGAUAUUCAAGCACAAUUAGAGGGGCCAAAGACCCUCUAAUUGUGUUUGUACAUGAUCUUGCAUUUAACACAAAGACUAGCACCUUUUUUUGGGUUUUUUUGGUGUAUAGGAUAUUUUCCUAUUUUAGCAUAUAGUGUGACUCUUUCUAUUGAGACCAAGGAUAUAUCGCAGACCAUGUAAACUCCAGUCUUAGUGAAGACCUGUCAGUUGCCAUGUGGCAGGCACAGAGCAUAGGCAAGGGCUGUGGACCUGCUCAGGGGCACGGCUGGAGCUGUUGUGUUUGUAUCAGACCCUUUUGUCCCAGAAUAAGCAGUCAGAGUUCUGUAACAGCCCUUUCCACCAUGUCAGAGGCUCUAUUUUUAGAAUAUUUAAAUAUUGUGUUUAGCCAGCUUUCAUUUAAGCUGUGGCCAGGGAACACUUCCUCAAGACCUGUGAGGGCUGUAACAGGCACCCACAUUCUGAUGGGCAGGAUGUCAGUGCUGAAGGUGCUCAGUGAAGCGUUUGUCCUGACCUCCUGGGUAUUAUGGCUGGUAUUUGAAGCCAUGCAGUUCCCUGCUUUAAAUACGUGUCAGCACUGCACUAGUUAACCAAAGGGUCUUAUAUGUUUCUUCUAUUUGGCAAGCUGAGCUUUCCCCUCAAUAUAGUGCCACUUAACUGCCUGAAUUUUUUUGAGAAUCAAGAUCUUAAUCUUCUUCCCUAACCAAUGGAUUGUAGGAAGGCUCCAUCUCCUUCACUGUUAUCUCUGGGGCAGGGGAGGGGUGUAGCUACACUGGGCUGUGUUCAGCUGAACUUUGGGCACUGCUGUGAAAGCUAUGGCACUAUCAGGAAAGCAAGCAUGAACAGCCUAUUCUAUUAUAUUCUAUUAGAAAUUUAUACAUUUAUUUGCUUGCUUUUUGAAAGCUAAAAAAAGCAUUGUCACCAAAUCCAGUACUUAUAGGGAGUGGUGGUCAUGACCAUUCGUACCAUACUGAACAAAGGUAAGAACUGACCAUGUCCCUGCGAGACUUGCUGUUCUCUGGAAAUGGAAAACUGCUGGCAAGCUCAAACACUAGAGCCCAACAAGGAGAACAUUUCUUCCCCUUCAGGUUGCAAAGUGUGACUUUUCUUGAGGUCUAAAACUACCAGAAUGCAGUAAGAAACAGUCAUACUAACACAGUAGGUACCAACUUACUGGGAGAACACAAAAGGAAUGAAAAUACUGUCUUAUGUGCCUCUUAGGAUCUGCAUUCCUACCAGCAGGGAAAAGAAAACAAAGUGAGUUUUCCUUUUUGAAUAUUACUGUCUUCGUAUUUGUCUGUACGUAAAUGCUCAAUGUUAGAAAAUACGGUGAUGUAAACCCAUUAUCUGAUGUUUUCAGUAAAGCCCUGCAUUUCAGAGCUUUAAUUAGCAAGGAUAUCUGCAAGUCUCAAAGUUCAAGGUAACCUCACGUGGUGUACAAAAUGAGAGGUGCUAAGACACCAUUACGGAGCAUCUAGGUGGGCAAGCAGGGCUCUUCUACAUCCCCCUAAUAACACAGAAGACACCCAGAAGGGAGAAUGCUGAAAACUGAAAGGGGGAGGGGAAUAAAGCUUUCACAGACAGUGCUUCUACCACCAACAUUUAUUCUUGUUAAAGCGGAUUAUAAAUCAUCAGUACAAAUAUAUAUAACUUACAUUUGCUUGUAAGGCCAAAGUUUAAAAGUAAAGUUUAAAUGAGAUGGUUUUCACAAGUCACCAGAGGCAGAACCUGGAGCAGCUGCAGCCUUAACCACAAGGUUUCACAAAUCAGUGGGAAAAAAAAUAAAAACAAAGUUAAAAACCUCUAAGAUCUAUUGACAGACAAACAUAAAAUGGUUUCCCAGGUAGCCCCAGGAUGUAGAUAUGAUUACAGUAAGUUGUCACAGUAGUGUUAGAACCAAUAGAUUAAGACAACAAAACUGCAGCAAUACAUGAAAGGAAAAAACCCAUACUAUAUAUAACAUGUAGCUUCAUUCCAAUAAAAACCAGUAAAUUUUCCCCAUGGUUUUCAAACCAUGACAAUACUGUUCUUUAAUUUUCUUUAUUUAAAACUACACUAUCAUGACUUACUGGGUUGUGAUUGUUGUUGCAAUAUGCUACUUACAAUGAACAGAUACAAGAACAAGCUAGAGCCCCUUUUUCCGCCCCCCCAAUAUUACUUACAAUAAGAAUCAGAGAUAAAUCAAUCUUAUGUACAAUUUCUUACAUCCAACCCCCUUUGUUUUUAACCUUUGGCAAGAUUACUUACAACUCAUACAGCUUUUAAUAACCAACUAUUUAAAAUAUUCUAAAUGCAUAAAAAUAAAGAUUUUGGCUUUACUUUA